UUUUUGUUGGAUUAUACAUGCAUACACAAACAUAUAUAUAUAUAUUUCCUUUAAACAUUCCUGCUCCAAUCCGAACUCUUAUCCAGCUGUCGGAUUUAUACAGGCCUAUAGGAAUAAAAAUCGAAUUUUGCUAGUUGCAUUUGAAUCUUGGCAAGAAGUGUCUGUGUAUCUUCAACUGUAUGAUACUAGAAUUCCUUGCCAUUCAAGUUCAACUUUGGGAGCUUAGCUUAGCUGCUGUUGUCAUGGCUGAAGAAACACAGAUGUUUGAGCAAGACAUCGUGGUAGUAGGCGCCGGCAUAGCCGGCCUCUCCACCGCGCUGGGGCUUCACAGAUUGGGAAUCCAGAGCGUGGUUUUGGAAUCAUCUGACAGUCUAAGAAUGACUGGAUUCGCACUCACCAUGUGGAGAAAUGCCUGGAGGGCUCUGGAUGCUCUCGGCAUCGGCCACAUCUUGAGGAACAAAUCUGUCCAAAUUCAAGGAUUCAACUUCCUCCCCAUGAACUCCAACCAGCCCACCUCAGACCAAUCUGAUAUCAAGUCCCCUGAUCAAGAAAUCCGAUGUGUUAAAAGAAGAGACUUGCUGGAUACUCUGUCGAAAGAGCUGCCGGAAGGGACCAUUCGAUAUUCUUCCAGGAUCAUUUCCAUCGAGCAAUCAGGCAGCCAUAAGUUAGUCCACCUUGCAGAUGGUUCGAUUUUCAGAACCAAGGUGUUGAUCGGAUGUGACGGCAUCAAUUCCAUGGUGGCGAAAUGGCUGGGGCUGCAGAGCCCGGUCAGCGCCGGACGGGCGGCGAUCAGAGGCUUUGUCGACUACUUUAAUGGCGGCCAUGGCUUUGAGCCAAAGUUCCAUGGCUUCUUUGGAGGAGGCGUUCGUUAUGGUUUCAUCCCCUGCGACGAGAAAAGCAUAUACUGGUUUUGCACAUUCACUCCUUCACUCUUCGAAUACGAUGAAAACGAUGGCGACCCUGUAAAGAUGAAGCAGUUUGUAAUGAAGAACAUCCUUAAUGUCCCCAAACGGGCGUCAGACAUCGUGGAGAGGACGAAGCUGGAUUCGAUCUCCUGCGCUCAGUUGAAGUUGAGGUCGCCAUGGAACAUUCUUGUGGGGAAUUUGAGUAGAAAUGGCGUUUGUGUGGCCGGCGACGCGCUGCAUCCGAUGACCCCGGAUAUCGGACAAGGAGGGUGUUCUGCAUUGGAAGACAGCAUCGUUCUUGCAAGAUGUCUGGGGCAGGCAGCAUUGGUAAGAGAUGAGACAAGGCUCGAAAGGGGCGUGCAGAAGUAUGCCGAGGAGAGGAGAUGGCGAAGCUUCUGUCUGAUCAGCGCAGCUUAUGUUGUCGGGAUGUUACAAGAGAGCAACAACAAGGCGGUGACAUGGUUGAGGAAGAUGGUCGUGUCUCGCUACACCGGCGCAGCUCUUUUGAGGAUCUCUGAAUUCGAUUUUGGGAAGCUGAGUGUCUCUUGAAGGAACAAAGUGUUGGCGUCUUAAAUCAACCAUUCGAAACUGGUUAGAUCAUUUGUGGAAUAGGAAUACGAUGACAUUGAUUUGAAUUUCCCACCAAAAGGUUAAUCACCCUUAAUUGAUUCGACUGGAAAGAAGAUCGACUGCCAACCUCAACUUUCUAGAAACUUUAUCACUAUAUAUAAGUAAGGGUCUAUUUUUAUGAUUUGUAAUAAUAUAUUUUCUGAGUUCCAAGUUGUAAGAGUUUCAAGUCGACAAAAACGGGUGGCUGGCAAUCUUAUGUACUCACCUUCACACAAUUCAAGUGGGGCUAGGGGGCAAUAAAUUUUUUUAGAUAA